AAGGAAUAAUGUAGCAUGUACAUCCUUAUUCCUGAGGACCAGGGAUGAACAAAAUAUAGGAAACCGGCUGCCAGGCCGACACAGCUGCGGUUCGCGAAUCAAACCCUGCCCUCCCGCCGUUAAAUUCCAAUGAUUAUCAGACGGAUCAUAAGAAAAAAUCGUCUUCACCCCCCACGAGAACGAGAAAAUGUCAGUGCAGGAGUAUCUGGAUAAGCACAUGCUUUCCCGGAAAAUCGAAGACGCCGUCAAUGCUGCCGUCCGGGCAAAGACUAACGAUCCCGUCCUCUUCAUCUCUAAUCAUAUGAGGAAAGCGGUGCCUUCGGUGAUUACUAAGCUGAAAGCGAGGCAAAUUCUCGAUAGCAGAGGAAUUCCUACAGUCGAAGUGGAUUUGUACACAAAUAAAGGCAUGUUUCGAGCUUCUUCUCCCAGUGGUGGUUCUUUGGGAAUGUAUGAGGCCAUGGCUAUCGAGUUACGUGAUGCAGACAGAGGGAUGUAUCUUGGGAAUGGUGUGAGUAAAGCAGUUAAGAAUAUUAAUGAGAAAAUAUCUGAAGCAUUGAUUGGUAUGGAUCCAACACUUCAGUCUCAAAUUGAUCAGGCGAUGAUAGAUUUGGAUAAAACAGAUAAGAAGGGAGAUCUUGGAGCAAAUGCCGUUUUAGCUGUAUCUAUGGCUGCUUGCAAAGCUGGAGCUGCUGAAAAGGAGGUCCCACUUUACAAACACAUCGCUGAUCUUUCUGGAAAAACCAACUUGCUUCUUCCUGUCCCUGCCUUCACUCUCAUAAGUGGUGGACAGCAUGCAGGAAACAACUUAGCUAUACGGGGAAUUAUGAUUCUCCCUGUGGGAGCAAAAAGAUUCGAGGAGGCAUUGCAAAUGGGCUCUGAAACCUAUCAUCAUUUGAAGGCUGUUAUAACAGAGAAAUGUGGUGCACAUGGAUGCAAUGUUGGUGAAGACGGUGGGUUGGCUCCAAACAUAUCGAGCUUUAAAGAAGCUCUUGACCUUAUUGAGGAGGCUGUAGGCAGAACAGGAUACAACGAGAAAAUUAAAAUCGCUAUUGAUGCUGCUGCUACUCAGUUUUGCAUAGGCACGAAGUAUGAUUUGGAUUUUAAAACUCCAAAUAAAUCCGGACAAAAUUUUAAGUCAGGGGAGAAUAUGGUUGAGUUGUACAGCGAACUCUGUACAGAGUAUCCAAUUGUAUCAAUUGAAGAUCCAUUUGACAAAGAAGAUUGGGAACAUACAAAGAACUUUUCUGGCCUUGGAAUAUGCCAGGUAGUUGGAGAUGAUUUAUUAAUGUCGAAUCCUAAACGUAUUGAGAGGGCCAUACAGGAAAAUACGUGCAAUGCCCUUCUUCUAAAGAUUAAUCAGAUUGGGACUGUAACUGAAGCUAUUGAAGUAGUGAAGAUGGCUAAGGAUGCCCAUUGGGGAGUGAUGAUAUCCCAAAGGAGUGGUGAAACAGAGGACACAUUCAUAGCUGAUUUAUCCGUUGGCCUUGCGAUAGGUCAGAUUAAAGCAGGAGCACCUUGCCGUGGAGAGCGACUGGCUAAGUACAACCAGCUGAUUAGAAUUGAAGAGGAACUUGGGGAUCAAGCAGUUUAUGCAGGGCAGGACUGGAGGCAAUGCUGAUAUUUUUCUUCAAUUUUUAUUUCAAGAUUUUGUCCUGUCUGUGCUGAUGUACAAUAUCAAGCAAUAUAUACUGCCAUUAUGCUGAUAAUUUAAGUCCAACAUUUCUUGGAUAGAAUACGAAGCGGAGUUAAGGGCAUCAAGGUUGUCUUUCUCAUGCAAGACACUCUGGGAACACAUAUCUGUUCUUUGGCGACUUGUAUCGUUACAUGUAGCCAUAUACUAUGUGGUGACUAUUUGGUAUUAUCAAAUUGACGAAGGGUAAUUUAGUAGAACCUACAAGGCUACGAGGCC